UCCAUUGUCCAUAAUGGCUUCUUCAGGACUGACGAUGUUCACGUCCGAUCUCGCAACUUCCCGACUGCCUGGAUGACUGAGGAGGAGGACCGGGCUCUUGCUCAAGUUGCCAAUUUGACGCUGGCCCAUGCCGCAUCAGGUUGCACUGAGGAAGAAAUCAACAAACUGAAAAAGGCGUUUUUAAAGACACGAGACGAAAAGAAGUAUUUACACGAGCACAAUGCACUCUUAGAACAGGAGAAAGGCGACCUUAAGUCGGAGCUGGGUAACAUUAAGGAGGAUCUCUCGGACUACAAAGACAAACUGAGGGAGGAGAGGGAACGGUACGAAGACGAAUGUCCCCAUAAAAAUCGGACAAAAGCAAAGAAACCUAAUGAAGCAGAUGAGAAAAUCCGCAAGAUCCUCGUCCGGGUUAAGGCGUUCCAACAACACCAUAAGGAAAAAAUGGAAAGUAAAGACAAAGAGAUUGCAGCACUGAAGCGAACUAUUGAGGAUGCGAAGACCCGCGAGCACCAGCUCAGAGGAAUAGUCAAUCGCCUCAAGGACUCAUGCCGUGCGAAGCAAGAAAGUCAUUCUGAAUACGAUAAGAAUGAACAAGAAUACAUGCCAACCAAAUGGAAUGCUGAUGAUGACAAGUUUGAUGACCUCAUGAAUGAUCUGCUCGGCAAAGAAAAACCUAAAAAACACAGAAAUGAGGGAUACAGUUCCCCGACGGAGGGCUCAGACCUGGAUUUGCUGCGAGAGCCGGGGAAGCUUGGACACAAUGAGAGGGAUAGCAGGUAUAAAUCGGUGGGGAAAAAGAAAGGGAGGGUAAUGGUUGAUGAACGGAAAACUGAGGUGCCGGACCAUGGUGGUUUGCAUGCCGGAAGAAACAGUGAUAGGGGAUUCGCGGACGUUGUACACAAGGAAAACAUCGAUACUGUUCGCCAUGGAACGCCGGCGAAGAGUGGACAUAGUUUUGGAGAGUGGGCAGAAGAAUUUGAUCCCGAUGAUUUUUAUCACAUCGGAAAGAAAAAAAAUGUUGUAAAGAACACUGGAAAUGAGAAGAAAGAGGAAAUGCCAGGUGUAGAACGUGGAAAACAUUUUCGGAAUUGGAAAGAUCAGCAGAAAGAAAGCCUUGCGGGAAGUGGGGGAGGAAUAGGCAAGUCUAGAGCCGGAGACAUAUCGACAGACGUAGACCAAUAUGACAUUUGGAAACAGGGACACAAAGUCUUGUCAGACAAGCCACUUCCAAAUCAUCGCACUGAUCUAUUUCCGGACACAGGUUAUUUUGGUCAUGGAUCCGAAAAUCCUCCGCCUAAACAUCUAUCGCAAGGGGUGAUUGAUGGGCGGAAAAGAAUCAAAGCUUACUUUGGCAAGAAGGAGAUUAAACUUCAUCAGAAAGAGGAGAACAAGAGCACAAAGCCAGCAGUUGAGAAACAGACAUCGAAAGCACCGAUUAAUAAAGUCCCGAGUCAUCAUUCUAUUGGUAAACAUAACAAUGACAGUCACGACAAAAACGAAAAUAAGUCUAAUCAUGGUAAGGGAGGGUCAGUUCGAACUAACGGAACCGAACGCGGCCUGGACGGAAAUAUGUCCAUUCAGUCACUCCGAGAUAAGAUCAAGCAGUUUACAACUGUUAAGGAAGGUGCUGUUAAGAACUUCAGAAUGGUUUUAGAUAGUAAACAGGUCUUGAGCGGGGUCGAAAACGGCAACCAGUCCACAAAUGAGACGGUCAGAGUAGCGGAGACGAAGGAAAAGAAGAAAAUGAAAAGAAAAGAAAAGAUUACAAAAGGAUCUGUUAAUAAAACUACUGAAAAACCCUGACAGAGUAAUCUAGUGUUUUUACAGACUAUCAUCAGCCACACUGCAUUCCUAAUUACAUCAUGUGGUGAAAAAACUAAUAACAGACUCAGACUGCGUUAUCCACUCAAUGGGCCUGUGUAUCCAGACUGGCGCUACAGCGGGGAUGAUAAGUCAGUGUUAAGUAAUUAUGCGACCAUCUACUAGUACUCCACAGUAUUAAUGUGUUAAUUUACAUGUAUUGUACAAACGAGCAAAAUGUACAAUCCCUCUUCCAGCUACAUGUGAUGACCCGAUAAAUACACUUUGGUCUUGUUGUUAAUAAACUUACAAACAUGAUAAAUAACAUUCAUCUGGUUGCAACGUUAUUCUAAGUCACCCAUACACCAGUGUUCAACUGUUUGACAGGUUGUACAAAAAAUGUCCAUUAAAUCUUAUUUGCACAAAACCUGUCAUCCCACGAAAUAGUUUCAAUGUUCCUGUACCUAAUCUUGCGCUUGAUAAAUUUCGUAAGGUCAGUUGCAACUAUUGAUGAAUUAUCCCCCCCCCCCCUCUUGUCUUCGUCCUUCUGCAUGGGUGAUGUAGCUCAAGAAGUACCAAGCCAAACGUUCAUAACAAUUGUACAAGCUAUAGAUUAUCUGACUAAAGCAAUGCAUCUGCAGUGGAUGUUCAUGCCUGAAACUGACCUAGAGUUACAAAAGGCUAUUGUAAUUCUGCACAAGAAGCACGAAAGUAGACUAUUUCGAGAGGCCAAAGUC